GCACACCAGUGCGAGCUUUUUGGCGGCCAUCGUGAACCCUCAAAAACCCUCACAACGACUUACAUAAAGGCUUACCAGCGAGGGAAAAUCGCACCGAUUUGGAGCGUUGGAGAGCUCACGAAAACCGGGUUUUGGCAGGCGGGAAUAUUAUUACAAUCAAAUGUCAUUCUUGCUGUCCGUUUGGCAGCCGUUCUAUAACAUUGUUUACAAACAAAUCCUUUUUUUUACGUGCAAAAUUUUAGUUCAAAAACUUUACUUUCCUUUAAAAAUGUUGAAAAUCCUCAUCGUACGAGGCUUUAGCACGGUAGUAAAACGACCCAAAGUGAAGCUUUCGAAGGCAGACGUUAUCAAAAGGUUAAAUUACGAAAAUAAGGCGUUGUUCGGUGCGGUGAUAAAGCCGACUGCAAAGAGGAAAACCAAAACCAAAUCCACCGAGCAAGUCACGCUGCCCAAAACAACCGCUCACCCAGUAGUGGAAAGCGAAUACACUUCGGAGAUUUUCUGGCAAAGCCGUAAUUUUUCGCGUGUUAAAAUGCCUAACGGAGAUGACGGGGAAAAUGAGUCUUACCCAACCGGAUUGGUGAUUCCGUUCACCGAAAAGGAAUUGCAAGCGAUCACCAAAUUUCCGCUCGUCCCGAGUGACCGAGGCAUUGUGGAAAGCCAAUGGAAACUUCACGAACAGCACGAGAGCGAUCAGUACAAAUCGCCGUCGGUGAAUCGAAUACUUUCCGCCACGAUGCCGGAAGCAUCGAGACAGGCUUUGAUACGGUGGAAAACGUCCAAAAUCGCUGAGCUCGGCGAGGAAGGGUUUCAACUGCUGCAGAAGGAAAUUUUUGCCCGCGGAAGUACACUGCACGCUACGCUGGAGACGUGGCUGUCGGGAUGCGACCCGUCGGAGGAAGCGAUAAAAAAAACGGGCAUUCUGUGGCGGAGUGUAUCUGGAGCAUUGAAGGACGUUGAGCGACCGGCGAAGUUGAUCGAACAGAAACUGUAUCACCCUUAUCUGCACUACAACGGUGUGGUGGAUUGCAUUACCUCUAUAAAGGGCCACUAUCAUGUCAUCGAAUGGAAAACGUCGGACAAUCCGAAGACCAGCUUGGGGGCCACCUACGAUGCACCGGUACAGUUGUGUGCGUAUCUCGGGGCACUGCAGGCAAACGGCGAGCUGUGUGAUUCGCGCAUUCAAAAGGGAGCAAUAUUCGUGGCGUACACCAGUGGGAAGCCCGCCAAUGUGCAUAUUCUUGAGCCUAGCGAAAUGCGACGUUAUUGGCUUCAGUGGUUGCAUCGCGUGCAGGAGUAUUGGACUCGUUACAGAGAUGGUACACUACCCGAGCCAAUUUAGAGGGAAAAAAAUCGUGUGAUUAGAUAUAACUAUAAGAAAUAAAGUUCAGUCGCAAACGUAUGCAAAUGUAGUAGGCUAUGACUACCUAACAGUGGGAUUUUGCCUCAGCAGAAUUUCACUUCCUAGGCAUAGUAGCCUGUUGAUGACAGCGCCGCAUAAUUAGGUCAUCACGGCCUGGGAACUGACCGACCGGACGAAAACAAUUGUAAGCAAAUCUAAUGUAAACAAUAUCGACCAAAUAAAAACUGCUGAUCGCGAUCGAUCAGCAGAAAAUUAGUAUAUAAGUUAGGAAUAAGCAUGAAUAAAUGGACUUUCAAGCACAAGAACUCAAAGACUAAGUUGUUUGUCUGUUCCAAGCCAAGUCGGACGGUAAAAUCCUCCUGUCUUGGCGCUUCCCAACGAGUUCAGACUCGGUGC